GCCCCCGUCGGGCCGCACCGCGCAGCGCGCAGCGCCAUGGGCCGGGGCCGGGGCCGGGGCCGGGGGCCGGCGCUGCUGCGGGCGCUGUGGGCGCUGGCGCACCUGGCGCAGUGCCUCGCCGGCAGCUCGGUGACAGUCCCAGAAACACUGCUCUUUGUAUCCACCCUUGAUGGAAACCUUCACGCUGUGAGUAAGAAGACAGGCGAGAUCAAGUGGACCCUGAAAGAUGAUCCCAUUCUUCAGGUCCCGGUGUAUGUGGCAGAGCCAGCAUUUCUCCCAGACCCCAACGAUGGCAGCCUCUACAUCCUGGGAGGCAAGAACAAGGAAGGCUUAAUGAAGCUCCCAUUCACCAUCCCGGAGCUGGUCCAGUCGUCUCCGUGCCGCAGUUCGGAUGGGGUCCUCUACACAGGGAAGAAGCAGGACACGUGGUUCGUUGUGGACCCUAGGUCUGGGGAGAAGCAGACAACGCUGUCGACAGAAGCCUGGGAUGGCCUGUGCCCCUCCACCCCGCUCCUCUACAUCGGCCGCACCCAGUACAUCAUCACCAUGUAUGACACCAAGUUGCGGGAGUUGCGCUGGAAUGCCACCUACUCCGACUACUCCGCGCCCGUCCUGGACGAGGCCUACGAUUACAAAAUGGCCCACUUCUCCUCAAGCGGGGACGGCCUGGUGGUGACCCUGGACAAGGAGAGCGGCGAGAUGCUGUGGAUGCAGAACUACGGCUCCCCCGUGGUGGGGAUCUACACGUGGCACCAGGACAGCCUCCGGCGUGUGCCCCACCUCAACGUGGCCUUGGAGACGCUGCGGUAUCUGACCUUCCACUCGCAGGACAUCCGCCUCAAGUGGAGCUACCCGUCCGCGAAGGACUUCUCUUCCACCAAGACCCAGCUGCUGCCGACGCUCUACAUAGGGAAGUACGCGGCCAGCUUCUACGCCCUGACCUCCCUGGUCCACGAGAGUGUGGCGCUUGUGCCCCAGGGGAUCACGCUGGCUCGGAUCGACGGCCCCACCACGGACGAUGUGACGAUGAGGGAAUCUGGCGAGUGCGAGAUCACCCCCAGCACGGACGUCAAGUACCCUCAGGGCAGCAUCUCCUCCCUGCACAACCAGUGGCUCCUCAUAGGGCACCACGAGCUGCCUCCUGUGGUCCACACCACAAUGCUGAGGACCUUUCCGGAGAUGCUGAGGAAGACAACGGAAGCCAUCAUCCCCAAGAGCUCCCCGGCCAGGACUCUGUUUGAUGAGUUCCUGACCCCAGAGAGCAUGGAGGAUCCUGCUGGCAGGGGCAGCGAGGGGCGCUUCCACUUGGACGCCAGCCAGCCAGAGCAGACCAAGAUCUACCCGGAGCCGGGCAGCAGGGACCUCGUGGGUGUGGGUGUUGCUACCGUCCUGCUGGGCAGUGGGAUCCUGUUCCUCUUUCUCCGGGUGCAGUGGGAGCAGCACAAGGCGCAGCAGCAGCAGCAGCAGCUGGAGCAGCGGCUGGAGGAGCUGCUGUCCCCGGGCCGGGUCUCUGGGGAGAAUCUCUUGUUGCCGCCCAAGGAGUCAGCAAGCGGGACCCAGGAGAUGGCAUCGCAGUCAUCCCAGAGCUCUGGUCCCUCCUCUGUGCAGAGUGACCUGGCCAACGGGAUGGUCUUCCAGGGUCUGCCCGUGGCUGAGGCUGCUGAAGACACAGCACUGGAUGUGAUCACGGUCGGGAAGGUUUCCUUUAACCCUAAGGAAGUGCUGGGCCACGGCGCGGGGGGCACCUUUGUCUUCAGGGGCCGGUUUGACAGCCGCGAUGUGGCUGUGAAGCGCCUGCUGCCUGAGUGCUUCUACCUGGUGGACCGGGAGGUCCAGCUGCUGCGGGAGUCGGACGAGCACCCCAACGUCGUGCGCUAUUUUUGCACGGAGAAGGACAAGCAGUUCCACUACAUCGCCAUCGAGCUCUGCUCUGCCACGCUGCAGGAGUAUGUGGAGAACCCCAGCUUUGACCGCCGCAGCCUGGACCCUAUCACUUUGCUGCAUCAGACCAUGUCAGGCCUGGCCCACCUCCACGCCCUCCACAUCGUUCAUCGGGACCUGAAGCCGUGCAACAUCCUGAUCUCGGCCCCCAACAGCCAGGGGCAGAUCCGGGCCAUCCUCUCGGACUUUGGUCUUUGCAAGAAGCUGCAGGGCGGCCGGCACAGCUUCAGCCUCCGCUCCGGCAUCCCGGGCACCGAGGGCUGGAUCGCGCCCGAGCUACUGCGGGAGGACCCCAAGGAGAACCCCACGUGUGCAGUGGACAUCUUCUCAGCCGGCUGCGUAUUCUACUACGUGGUGUCGGGGGGGCAGCACCCCUUCGGGGACAGUCUACGGCGCCAGGCCAACAUCCUGUCGGGCACGUACCUACUGACAUGUCUACUGGAGGACACUCACGACAACAUCGUGGCACGGGAGCUGAUUUCGGCGAUGAUCAGCAGUGAGCCUCAGGACCGCCCUUCAGCCCCCCUGGUCCUCAUGCACCCCUUCUUCUGGAGCCGGGAGAAGCAGCUGCAGUUCUUCCAGGACGUCAGCGACCGGAUCGAGAAGGAGCCUGCCGAGGGGCCCGUUGUCACUGCCUUGGAGGCGGGGGGCCAUGCGGUGGUGAGGAUGAACUGGAGGAUGCACAUCUCUGUCCCGCUGCAGACAGACUUGAGGAAGUUCCGUUCGUACAAGGGCAGCUCCGUGCGCGACCUCCUGCGGGCCAUGAGAAACAAGAAGCACCACUACCACGAGCUGCCAGCAGACGUCCAGGAGACGCUGGGGGCUGUUCCUGAUGACUUUGUUCAGUACUUCACCUCCCGCUUCCCCAGGCUGCUGCUGCACACGCACACGGCCAUGUGGAUCUGUGCUGGGGAGAGGCUCUUCCACUCCUACUACUACUGGGAGUCGGGAGACCCUGGGAAACGAGCGGAGAAGCUGCUGCUGGGUCAGGACUGACUUGGAGGCUUGUGCAGCCCAGCAGCAUCUCAUUGGCCUGGUAAGGGGGAGCCUGCCGGGCUGAGGCUCCCACCAGAUAGCUCUUGCCCAGCACAUGCCCUAGUUUAAUCCUUUCAGCAGAGGUUUCUGCAGGAUGUAGCACAACUAGCAGCACAGCUUGCUGUCCCUGCCGCCUCCCCAAGCUGAGCUGGACGGCAUCUCCCUGCCCCUGCCACUGCCUGCUGUCCCUGUGGUGGGAACUUGAGGGGCUUUCCCUGAGGCUCCUGGCUGGGAGAGCUGGGUCCUGACCAGUUCUCCAGACCUUCCUUUUCCAAGGCACUUGCUCCAGGUUUCAUUUGUGGGCGCACAGAGGAGCCCUGGCUUUGGGGCUCAUGCACUCGCAGUGCAGCUGUCCAUUGUACUAACAGGCCCAGUGCUCUGCAGACUGUCAUAUAACAGUGCCCGGGAUGGGGCCAGUGCUGGCACGGGGUUCACAGCCAAGCCCCAGAGCCAGUCUUGCAGGCCCUCUUGCAUCUGCUCUUCAACCCUGCGCCAGGCAGGUGUCCAGGUCCCAGAGGCUGGAGGAGGACUGGGCUUGCCUUGAGGCAGAGGCCAGGCCCUUCACCUUGGCAGGACUCUUGCUGAGCUCUCUGGAGUCUGGGCACUGGUUCUGUCAGGACUCGGCUUGAAGACCAGCAACGCCGGUGCCUCCCUGGGCCCAGACAGCAGCGGGCCGGAUCGGAUGCCACUGGUCCCUCUGGGUCUCUCCCUGCACCUGUUGAUCCUGAUCCUGGGGCCAAUCCAGGUGCAUUCUUGGAAAUGAGGAACAUGCGUAUCAAAGGGUGGAGAGCCUCUAGCAAGCUACAGCCAGGGCUGUGCCAUCUUUGGGCUUGGACCCUGGAUGAAGUGGUCCCAGGGCAAGCUCAGCUGCAAGCGUCCAGGCACAAGCGCAUGUGCAUCAGGGCAAGGCCUGGGAAGCUUUUAUCUGAAACAAAAUGUGAUUUUAAGCUUGGUGGCACUGGACAGUCCAGGCCAGAGGACGACCACGGGCAGCGUGAGCCAUUGCCUGCAGAGCUGCAGGCUGGUGGCUGGAGGCUUUUACCAUUUUUUAACCCAAAACCAGUUUUAGUCUAUUUUCUUGCCCCUCCCAGAGGCCUGCCCCUGGAGCACGAGCAUGGGCUGCAGCAUGGCCCCCUGCCCCUGUGAGAGCAGUCUGAGACAGCCAAUUUCUUGGUGGCAUUUGCUCCCUUCCGGGCCAAGUGCCUGGGUCCAUCUCUCUGUGCCUCUGCUCAUGCCACAGCUCAGGUGUCUUCUGGCUGACCCAGCAGUGUCUGCCUGUUAACCAGAUGAGGAAGCCCGUGCGGUGUUUCCCGAUUAGUCACAGGGCUGCAGCUGUUUGCAGAGCAGUUCCCUAGCAGAGGACCCUCCCUGGGCUCAGCAGGCUUCUGGGCACACGGAGAGGCAUCAGCUGCUCAAGACCUCUUGGCUGCGAGACAUCUUCGUGGCUGCUCUUGGUCUGGCGUCUCUCCAGCGAGCGAACAGCCUCUGCCGACCAGGACUCCCGCGCAGAGUCACAGGCAGAGGGUUUCCCCGGGGGUGGGAAGUGCUGUGUUUGAAGAAUAGCAAGAGCGGGCAGAGGCUGCUGGGGCCUUCCACUUCCCUGGCACGUUACAGCCUGAAAGCCCCAGAAAUGCCCCUGUGGGCACUCCUAUUCCCCAGAGCCUGAGAGCGCAGCCCUAUUUCUGCAGAGUCUCAAAACUGGCCUGAUGUCAGCUCUGCCUCCUCGAGACCUGAGAUCCCGCAGCUUGUAGACCUCUCUUGCUACUGCAGCUGACACUGCCGGGCAGACCUGGCUCUAAAUGCACCACCGUCUUCCCGCACACUUUUCUUUCCUUGGGUGAUGGUUUUGUAUGUUUGAUUGUGGUUUUUCUCCGGGUGUUGGGGCUGGGCUUUAGGUAACAAUCAGUUUGUACCUGCUGUACUUACAGAGCAUUUUAUAUGGCAGAGAAUAUUUUAUAUACAAUGCUGUAAAUAAAAGAUUUUAAAAGUUCA